AUGCCAGGUGCUCGUGUGAUCCGCUCGACCGUGGAGGCCGGCGCAGCUCCAGGCGAGUCAGUGCAGACGGAGGUGUUCGAGUCUCAAGAAGCUGACGGCAGCAUCGUGACGAAGACGGUGAAGGCAACAACGCGCCCGACGACGUUGGCCAGCGGUGAGGUAGUGAAGACGGUUGACGUGGAAACGACCACGGAGACGGAGACGACUACGGGUGAGAAGAGCGUUACGGUGGAGACGGAGACGCGCGAGGAGACUGACGUGGAGGAAGGCAGUCUGACGACGAUAAUUGGCCGUACCGCGACGUCCAUGCCAGGUGCUCGUGUGAUCCGCUCGACCGUGGAGGCCGGCGCAGCUCCAGGCGAGUCAGUGCAGACGGAGGUGUUCGAGUCUCAAGAAGCUGACGGCAGCAUCGUGACGAAGACGGUGAAGGCAACAACGCGCCCGACGACGUUGGCCAGCGGUGAGGUAGUGAAGACGGUUGACGUGGAAACGACCACGGAGACGGAGACGACUACGGGUGAGAAGAGCGUUACGGUGGAGACGGAGACGCGCGAGGAGACUGACGUGGAGGAAGGCAGUCUGACGACGAUAAUUGGCCGUACCGCGACGUCCAUGCCAGGUGCUCGUGUGAUCCGCUCGACCGUGGAGGCCGGCGCAGCUCCAGGCGAGUCAGUGCAGACGGAGGUGUUCGAGUCUCAAGAAGCUGACGGCAGCAUCGUGACGAAGACGGUGAAGGCAACAACGCGCCCGACGACGUUGGCCAGCGGUGAGGUAGUGAAGACGGUUGACGUGGAAACGACCACGGAGACGGAGACGACUACGGGUGAGAAGAGCGUUACGGUGGAGACGGAGACGCGCGAGGAGACUGACGUGGAGGAAGGCAGUCUGACGACGAUAAUUGGCCGUACCGCGACGUCCAUGCCAGGUGCUCGUGUGAUCCGCUCGACCGUGGAGGCCGGCGCAGCUCCAGGCGAGUCAGUGCAGACGGAGGUGUUCGAGUCUCAAGAAGCUGACGGCAGCAUCGUGACGAAGACGGUGAAGGCAACAACGCGCCCGACGACGUUGGCCAGCGGUGAGGUAGUGAAGACGGUUGACGUGGAAACGACCACGGAGACGGAGACGACUACGGGUGAGAAGAGCGUUACGGUGGAGACGGAGACGCGCGAGGAGACUGACGUGGAGGAAGGCAGUCUGACGACGAUAAUUGGCCGUACCGCGACGUCCAUGCCAGGUGCUCGUGUGAUCCGCUCGACCGUGGAGGCCGGCGCAGCUCCAGGCGAGUCAGUGCAGACGGAGGUGUUCGAGUCUCAAGAAGCUGACGGCAGCAUCGUGACGAAGACGGUGAAGGCAACAACGCGCCCGACGACGUUGGCCAGCGGUGAGGUAGUGAAGACGGUUGACGUGGAAACGACCACGGAGACGGAGACGACUACGGGUGAGAAGAGCGUUACGGUGGAGACGGAGACGCGCGAGGAGACUGACGUGGAGGAAGGCAGUCUGACGACGAUAAUUGGCCGUACCGCGACGUCCAUGCCAGGUGCUCGUGUGAUCCGCUCGACCGUGGAGGCCGGCGCAGCUCCAGGCGAGUCAGUGCAGACGGAGGUGUUCGAGUCUCAAGAAGCUGACGGCAGCAUCGUGACGAAGACGGUGAAGGCAACAACGCGCCCGACGACGUUGGCCAGCGGUGAGGUAGUGAAGACGGUUGACGUGGAAACGACCACGGAGACGGAGACGACUACGGGUGAGAAGAGCGUUACGGUGGAGACGGAGACGCGCGAGGAGACUGACGUGGAGGAAGGCAGUCUGACGACGAUAAUUGGCCGUACCGCGACGUCCAUGCCAGGUGCUCGUGUGAUCCGCUCGACCGUGGAGGCCGGCGCAGCUCCAGGCGAGUCAGUGCAGACGGAGGUGUUCGAGUCUCAGGAAGCUGACGGCAGCAUCGUGACGAAGACGGUGAAGGCAACAACGCGCCCGACGACGUUGGCCAGCGGUGAGGUAGUGAAGACGGUUGACGUGGAAACGACCACGGAGACGGAGACGACUACGGGUGAGAAGAGCGUUACGGUGGAGACGGAGACGCGCGAGGGAGACUGA